AUGUAUUCAUCAAAAGAAAAUUUAUGUAUUAAUGAACAAUUAGAUACUGAUAAACAAAAUAAUCUUCCAGAUAUUGAUUCUCCAACACGUACAUAUGCAAUUAUUGAAACAAAUUCAAAUGAAUUAGAACGUAUUAUUGAUCUCCUUCGACAAUUUUUUCCAACAACAAGAAUUAUUGAAUAUAAUAAUCAAAAUCAUUUACUUAAUUCAACAAUAACACAAAAUCGACAAACAUCUUUUGAAUCAAUUUGUAUUUCUCCUUUUUCAAUAUUAUCAAAAUCAUCAUUUGAUAGUGAUAGUAAUAAUGAUCAAGUAUCAUCUAACACAAAUUCACAAACAUUUAAAGGUAAAGUAAAAGAUUAUUUACAACGUCGUUAUUUAGAACAACUUCGUGAAAAUGAACCUCAUAAAGAAUCUUUAACAAAAUUUUGUGAUGAUAAUAAAAAUUCAUUUGAUUUAUCAUCAUUUUCAAUUGUUAAUAAACCUUCAAUAACUUUAAAAUCUCAUUCAUUUAAUUUAUCAUCAAAUUUAACUCAACAACCUAUAUCUAAUCAUUUACAUCAAACAAAUUUUUCUUCUGAUGUACAUUCACCAAGUAAACGAGGUUUAUUACAACGUUCAACAAAUAUUGAAAUUGAUGAUACAUCAAAUUCUACAGGAACAAUGAUAUUUAGUAUUGAUCAACAUGAUGAUAAUGUUGAUGAUAAUGAUGAUGAUGAUGAAUCUUCGUCAUUUAAAAAUUUAUAUUCUGAACAACAAACAAAUGAUACUAAUAAUCAAUGGUUUAUACCUUAUUAUCAUUCAGGUCAAGAAGAACAAGACAAAAGAACAUCAUCAUUUCCUAGUAGAAUAUCAUUACCACAUUCACCUUAUUUAGCAUCAAGUGAUCCAGGUCCAUUUCAUUCCCCAUGGUUUAAUACACCUACUUCUUCCUGUGAAUUUCGGUUUCCUGAAUAUCAAGAACAACUAGUUACUAAUUCAGAAGGAAGUAUUGUUCAAUUACCAAAGUUAAAAAAGACGUUAUCUGAUCAACCAAAUGAAUUUAUUCCUGUUAGGCCAAAAUGCAAAACAGAAAAACAUGAGUUAAUUACUUCAACAGAUUCAUCAUUGAUUGUCUCUUGUCAGAUUUGUGGACAAGAAUUUGAAUCACGUCAAAUGUUUUUAAUCCAUUAUCGUACUCAUCUUGAAAAUUCAUGUCAAGAUAAUAAAUCUGAUACAUCAGAUUUUGAUUCAAAUUAUGAUCGUUUUAGUAAUUCACGUGAUUUAACAUGUAAAAUAUGUUCAAAACAUUUUGCUCGUAGUGAUAUGUUAAAUCGACAUUUACGUUUACAUGCUGGUACUCGUCCAUAUCGGUGUGUAAUAUGUAAUGUUUAUUUUUCACGUAGUGAUCAUUUAUCGACACAUUUUCGUACACAUACUGGUGAAAAACCUUAUACAUGUCCACAUUGUUCAUAUUCAGCAUGUCGACGAGAUAUGAUUACAAGACAUUUAAAAAUUCAUAUGAAACCACGAUCAGAACGAAAACAUGCUACGUCAACUAUAGCUUUAAGUAACGAUUCUAAAACAUAA